AUGGAUGUGCCCGACAUUACCCCCUCGCUGGAGAAGCUCAACGUCGACCUCGACCAGCUAGAAGCCGCUCUGAAGCCUGUUCUCGGUGAUGUCGGUGAUGUAUCUUCCAAAUUGCCACUGUUGGACAAGGCCAAGCUCUACGUUAUGGUGACUUAUGCCAUCGAAUCGAUCCUCUUUUCCUCACUACGUCUGAACGGUGUCGAUGCCAAGGAGCAUGCCAUUUUCACAGAGUUGACCCGCGUCAGGCAGUAUUUUGAAAAGAUCCAAAAUAUCGAGAACCCGCCCCAAGAGCGUGAGCAGACGGUCAACAAGGAGGCCGCUGCCCGCUUCAUCAGAUCUGACUUGGCCGAUGAUGAGGCUAUCAAGCAAAAGCUGACGGAGCUGAUUGCCAAAGAGAAGGCGAAGGCAGAGGCCAAGGAGGAGAAGAAGCGAGCAGUAGAUUCGAGCUCUGAGCCCACUGCCAAGCGCCCCAAGACCAAGGGCAACAAGAAGUGGGGUCCAAGCUCCGAGCUCUCGACUCGGCUUUCAGGGCCUCGGCCGGCGCGGAGGCCUGCUUAUCCCCAUUCCUUCAACGAUCAUCGUCGCCAUCACAACCACACUCAUCCACUACCUCAAACCGCCAAAACGUCGGUCGCAUUAAUCUACGCAACCCAACAACAACCACACCAACAAGAAGACAAAAUGCCUCGCCAAAGCCGUGGUUCCGCCCGCCCUUCCGUCCCCGCGCGCAAGCCCGUGGCUCCUACCAACCAGCAGCAGCAGCGUCCUGCUUCCACCUACGCUCCUCCCACCGCUGCUCCCCACGCUCCUCCCGCUGCCGCCGCCGCGCCCGUCUCCCAGGGCCCCGGUCUCUUUGGUCAGAUGGCUAGCACUGCUGCUGGUGUCGCCAUCGGCUCCUCCAUCGGCCACGCCAUCGGAGGCAUGUUUUCCGGUGGCGGUUCCUCCGCCGCCCCCGAGGCCGCCGCCGCGCCCGUCCAGGCUCAGGCCGCCGCCGCCCAGAACUCGUCGUGGGGCAACAACUGCUCCGAGGCGACCAAGAGCUUCACCCAGUGCAUGGACCAGCACCAGGGCAACAUGCAGAUUUGCGGCUGGUACCUGGAGCAGCUCAAGGCUUGCCAGGCCGCUGCUAGCCAGUACUAAAUACUGAGCUCUUCUUCUGUCUCUUUUGCCUCUCUCUCUCUCUCUUCACUCAGGGGUUGAGGGGGCCUGAGGGUUCGGUAAGAGGAGGGUGAAGAUGUGAAGGGCUUGGAAAUGGGAGAGAGAAAGAACAGAGAGGGGACGUGUGUGUGUGUACGAUUAGUUGAGAGGAGGAGAAAAGCAAGUAGCUUCGUUGCUUGGCUUUGUCGUCUUACCGCGAAGGCGCCGCUCAAUUUACGUCUCCCAUCCUCUCCAAGAAGCUCGAAGAGGGGUUCACGCAGCAUAUACCAACAACAACAACAUCAAGAUACCAGCAUUGGAGUUCAGGAAUUGGUCUCGAAGAUGGUGAUAUAUCAUCAUUAUC